GUAUUUUUCAAAUGGACCGCGGGCACACCGCUUAAACGAAUCCCCGCUUUGACGGAAGAAGUAGUGAUCAUAAAGUAGUAACUCUGAUUAUAUUUAUAUUCAUAACACAUUCAGUGAUUAAAGUGAUUAACAGUGUGAGUCCGGGCCCCCGUCAGGCUGAACGCGGAGCCGCUGCGGUCGCCCGGAUGUCGUGCACGCUGGUCGGAGCCUCCGGGGCUCGGGUCCCGCUGCUGGAUGGCCGGGCUGUGCUUCUGGGCCGGGGACCGGACACCGGAGUCACCGACAAGGCAUGCUCCAGGCACCAGGUGAAAGUGGUGGCUUGCUAUCCAGACCAGGAUGUGGUUGUUACUCAGCUUGGUGCCAAUCCCAGUUUCCUGGAUGGUGAGAAGCUUGGCCGGGGUCAGUCUGGUAAACUCACCCAUGGAGGCGUUCUCUACCUGGUUAACCACAACCAUCCAUUUAAACUGCACUACUCCCUGAGCAACAAUGGUACAACCUCCGGUGCUGCACAGAAAGUGCUGAAAGCCACCGAUAAGACAAAAGGAGGAAGGAACGGGAAAGAAAAAGAGACUCAGUCAAAGCUGGCACCGAAACGCAGUAUUAAGGAUUUCUUCCCUACCUCUCCCAUAAAGUCUUAUAAAAGACAACUGAGCCCAGAGAGGGGACACCCUGAGGUGAAGCGCCAAAGGACAGAUGAGGAGGUGUCAGGUGGAUGGAUGAAGGAAGAAGAAGAAGAGGAUGAAGAGGAGAGACUGGCAGAGGAAAAGCUCAAGCAGCUGCAGGAGUUGGCAGAGAAGUCUAUGACAGAGAUGAGUAACAGCCCCCACCCUUCGUCUUCAUCGUCAUCGUCAUCGUCAAAGGCCUCUCUAAAGAGCAGCUGGCAGCAGAUAGGCAACCUGAUGCUUUACACUGCUGCUGGAGUCAAAGGGAGUGACAAGAUUGCUGGGUUUGACAUAGAUGGCUGCAUCAUCACCACCAAGUCUGGGAGAGUCUUUCCCACUUCACCAGAUGACUGGAGGAUUCUGUUUCCUGAGAUUCAGCCCAGACUGGCCACUUUGCUUAAAAGAGGAUAUAAGGUGGUGUUCUUCACAAACCAGAUGGGGAUCGCUAGAGGCAAACUGAGACCAGAAGCCUUUAAGUCUAAAGCGGAGGACAUACUCGCCAAGCUGCAGAUGCCUGUGCAGGUGUUUGUAGCGAGCGGUCCUGGUAUCUACAGGAAACCAGUUUUGGGAAUGUGGAAUCACCUGUGUGAGAAGGUUAAUGAUGGUGUCACCGUUGAUAAGACAGAAAGUUUCUAUGUGGGAGAUGCCGCAGGGAGGCCUGAAAACUGGGCGCCAGGGAAGAAGAAGAAGGAUUUUUCCUGCAGUGACCGACUGUUUGCUCUAAACAUGGGGUUGAAGUUCCACACACCAGAGGAGUACUUUUUGGGAUGGAAGAGCGCCCCCUACAGCCUGCCUGAUUUUGACCCUAGGAAGCUUGACUCGGCUGCCAGGCUGUACGACCCUCCAUCGGCCUCCCUCACGUCCAGCAGGACAGAAGUCAUUGUUGCUGUCGGUUUCCCUGCUUCGGGUAAAUCCACUUUCUUCCACACCCACAUCAUUCCACAAGGCUACACAUACGUCAAUAGGGACACACUCGGUUCAUGGCAGAGCUGUGUGUCAGCAUGUGAGCGCUCUCUGAAGGAAGGCCGCAGUGUUGCCGUGGACAACACCAACCCGGACCCUGAGUCUCGCAAGCGCUAUGUGGACGUGGCCAAAGCAGCAGGAGUGUCCUGUCGCUGUUUCCACUUCUCAGCCUCUCUGGAGCAAGCCAAACACAACAACAAAUUCCGUGAAAUGGCUCCGUCCGAAAGCAAACAUGCCAAGGUCAAUGACAUGAUUUUCCACAGCUACAAGAAACACUUUGUAGCGCCUGCUCUCUCUGAGGGAUUCGCCGAGAUCCUCCAGAUCCACUUCGUCCCAAAGUUCAAGGACAGCCAAUCAGAGACCCUGUUCCGACAGUUUUCUGAGGGCUGAUUAGACAGUUGGCUUUUAAAAGACCAGCCAAAGUCUUGUCUCUUGUCUGAGAUCCCCACUGACCUAUCCACCUCAUAAGCAAUACUGCAUGUCUCAAUUCAGGGGCAGCGUGGACUCAAAGGCUGAACAGAAAAAGAGACAUUCUGGUUUACAGGAUUUACUUGUUUGGUCUGAAUUCAGACACAGCUUUUAUGACUGAAGGCCUCUAACUGCACAGUUAGAAUAGUGAUGUAGUCUAGACUUGUGGCACAGAAUCAGGAACUGUACUGGAAUGUAUGAUAUAUUCAUGUAUGUGUCCCAGGACCUGAUUAUUCAUACGUUUUACAUGUGUUGUUUUGAAAGAAUAAAAUGGAUAAAAAACA